GGUUCUCCGAGCUUCCCCCGGCUGCCAACAACACAACCCAACUGACUGCUGUGCCCUUUACUACUACCGAGUAUCGACUGACGCGACCCAUCUCUCGAUCAUCGAAACCAGUCAGUCAUGAGCUCGUUAACAGCGAUCAGCAUCAGAGAGGGAGAGGCAGCCCUCGCAAAGCUGCCCGAGCAAGUUGGAAAAAUGCAAGCUCUCUUGGAGGCAGAGUUCGCGUACACAAGCCUGGCGGACAUCGAAAGCGGGUUCAAGCAACUCCUAGCCAGCUCGGCGGGAAGCGCAACCGAGAACGCCAACGUGGGGGCUCUGCUGUCCACCGUCAGGAACGAGGUGACCCAGACCAUGAGCAUCCUUCUGGCCCUGAAGAGAUGGAUCCGGGUGCAGGUGCCCAAGAUCGAGGACGGCAACAACUUUGGCGUCAGCGUUCAGCUCGAAGUCGCCAAGGGGAUCGACGAGCUCACGACUCCGGUGGCGAGCAGCCUCGGAGAGAUGCCGGGCUACUUCGAGAGCCGGGCUUCGGCGUGGGACAAGAUCGGGAGCAAGAAGUCCAAGGAGAGCAAGACCUCAUCGUCUGCUUCCAAGGACACCGGGGGAAAGGACGGGGACUCUUCUAAGACCUCCGAGUCCACCAGCACCGAAGAAAAGACUUCCGAAUCUUCCUUCGCGCCUGACUCGGCCAACUACCUCAUCGCCCUCGACGUGAAGUGGUUCGUUUCCCUUCACCACACCUUGCUAAGAGCCAGGGAUUCCUUGGUGCUCGCAGCGGACAUGAUCGAGAAGAACAUGGAGAAGCUCUUGCGUCCCAAGGGCACCAACACGCAGGGUGGUGGCAUGUACUCGUUUUAACAGCUUUAUUUUCGCAGAGCGGCGAGGAAAUGGGAUCUUGGACUGUUAUCGUUCGUGCAUCUCUUGCUUUGGGAUGAUGGGGAUUGGUUUACCGCAAGAGGGGUCGGGGACGCUUUUGACGUGUACCGGCCGUAUGUGGUGCCAGGUGUCAAGAGUGGAUAGAUCGAGAAAAAAGGCGGGGAAGGGAGAGGGGGGUACGCCUGAGGUCAGGAAUACUCAAAUGGCUGAUAGGUGAAUCGGGAUACGAUCGGUCACCGCACUCAGGGAAAAUCAAGGUUCAGACUUGUUCGGAAUCCACGGCAGGCUCCAGUGUGCGCGAAAGACGACAGCAGGAGUCGGCUAUUGCGAUUGUCAUGUCUCCCGCUGCCUCCCUCUGUGUUCGUUUCUGUACGCAGUACGUAACCUUGGUUUUGAACAGUCUACAGAGUAUUGGGACUUCCGAUGUAUGCAAUUGAGAAAACCACAAAGGGCGGCGAGACCUGGGUUUUCCCAUGGAGGAUUUUGUGUCUGUAUAUUCAUGUCCUCCCCGAGACGUAACACAUGAAACGACGAAAUACGCAUGUAUUUCCCCCUUUCGGAUCUAAGGUACGGUUUGAUCCACAGCCAACACCGUACGUGGCGAAAAGCAGUAUCCAACAGAAGCGCCGGGCAACCGUACACAUAGCAUAUAAUCAAUUCAGGGCAAGCUUCAAUUCAGAAACGUCGAGAAAUAUUCUUUGGCCGGAAACCACACCGAGGUCUCCUUGGGUCUUGUCAGGAGCGCAGAUGAAAAAUAGCGUGCGCUUGGUUUGCGAGCAAUUGAUACGGGCUGAGGAGGCCACGAGCGUUAGACGGCUCCGUACGUUAUAUUUUUGAUUUCUAUCUUAAAACGACACGGCACAUGAAUGCACGCGCUGCGCAGUGCGUGGGUGCACUAUUAGCCACGUGUCCCACUUACGGCAGUAUAUCCCAGCACGGCAUGGUAAGUCCUAUGAAGAAACGUGUUCCGUGUUGAUGACAACUUACAGGAUCCCACACAACGUGCCCUACCUACCACACCAAGCAGCGUGUGCCGAAGGCCUCAGGAGCUCGAGGCACCGCUGGCAUCCCACCUCUAAUUCACUCACGGCAUUCCGCACGAGUCACAAAACCUUCGAUAAAGCAUCAAUCCCUUCGAUAGAUGCCGCCUUCGCCACCGCGUCAUUCAAUCCCACGACCCCAAGUUUGCCACCGUCCUAAACUAUCGCUGCCCAGACAAAUGGGUCCAGACGUGCAUUGUAUCUCACGUUAUAACCAUAACCCUUGAACAAACUGGAAGUAUAAUAACUAAUAUAGCUUCGAUGAGCUUUUCUAGCAAUUAAAUAGGAGCAGCGACUGACCGAGAGACAGGCAGACAAAAGUGCCUCAUCACCGUCGUUGUCCUUGGCAAAAGACAAAACAUGGAAAAUCGACCAGCGAAUUCUACCGUGACAACCCGAUCGUUCUUCACACUNCCCCCCCCCCCCCCCCCC